ACUGGAGGAAGACUAGAGGUUGAAGGAGUUCGCAAAUUGUCCUUCGGUGCUGGGGAUAUUAGCGCGCAGGAACACGCGCUGUGCAAUUUGCGAGGAAGACGCCGAGAGGUCGCCAUAUUGUCACAUGUCUCGGUUUUGGGCUCACAUGACCUGUUGUUUGGCCCCGUGAUCACCUCGCUUCCUGGCAAAUUCAAAACAUUCAUUGCUAACCACAUGGAUAUGCUGGAUCAAGCGUUGGACAGCAAUUCCCAAGACAAGAAUAAUGACUCGGCAUCGGAUGAUGCAUCACAGAUUCCCUCCGAUGUAACCUAUGCAGUGGCGGAAGGCGUGGAAGUGGACAGCCAGGCUGCGGCCAUAGCCAGCGUUGCGCCACAGGCCCUCUUGGAUCCCAGCAUCCAGUACCAGUUCCGCACCGAGAAUGGCCAGGGUGGGGUCACUUACCGUGUGGUCCAGGUGGCAGCUGCUCCAGAAGGCACAGAGGCUGCCAGCGGCCAAGUGGUCACCACGGCGGCACUUGUCGGCCAGCAAGUGGCACAGGCCAUAAUCUCCAGCCCCUUUGCAGCCACCACGGCCAAUGGAGGCUCAAGCCCUACUGCUGAAGGGGGCCAGUUCUAUGUGAUGAUGUCGCCCCAAGAUGUCCUGCAAACUGCACCGAGGACGUUAGCACCGCGAUCCCACAGCUUCAGCUCUAAAUCUGAAGGAAACAGGACAGCUAGGGAUGAAAGGAGGAGGGCCACACACAAUGAAGUGGAGAGGAGGAGGAGGGAUAAGAUCAACAACUGGAUCAUCAAGCUUUCUAAAAUCAUUCCAGACUGCUCUAGUGACCUGAAUAAAUCUGGACAGCCAUCGUCCGUGCACCUUCACAGCAAGGGAGGUAUCCUGGCAAAGGCCUGCGACUACAUUCAGGAACUGCGCACAAACUGUGCGCGGCUGCCAGAGGUUCUGAAGGAGAACGAGCGGCUAGCUUUGGAUUUGGAUCUGCUGCGGCAACAGUGCGAACAGCUCAGGGCCACCAAUCAGCUGCUAAAGGCCCACCUAGAGCAAAGUGGCAUCACAGUCACCGAAGUCGAACACACGUCCUAACAAGAGCUCCUUGGCAGCCUAAAGAAGCAUGUCUAUGACGAUAAACGAAGCACCCAAGUGAUA